AUGAACUGUAUGAAACGUAGUGUUCAAUGUCUGUCUAACAAGGAAGAGGCGAAAACAGAGGACUCGAGUAAAAACGGCGAAGCAAAGAGCCACAGGCAUGCAUUUCAUAUACUAGAAGGACGUGGAGCGGGGACGGGAUGCAGAGAUGACACUGGGAAUGAGGAAGGACCAAAGCCUCCCAAACCGCUCAGUCUGUGUUUAGCCCUCGCCCGAGUCACAUCUCCCCUCGUAAUCAUGGAUCUGGUCGAAAGCGUCAUGAACCUGACCACCACCCAGUCGGCCGACGCCGAUCUAGGGCAACUUCAAAGGCAAUUCGGCUGGCCGGACUAUGUAGUGUUCGCUCUUCUUUUGGCCAUCUCUGCGGCCAUCGGGAUCUUUUACGGGGUCUUCCAAAAACAGGAUAGUGCCGAGGACUUCCUCAUGGCCGGACGAUCCAUGGGAACUUUUCCCAUGUCCAUGUCCCUCGUUGCAAGUUUCAUGUCGGCCAUUACGAUGUUGGGAACGCCGGCGGAGGUCUACAAAUUCGGGAUCAUGUAUUGGAUGAUCUGGAUCUCUUACUUCUUCGUCACCGGCGCCGCCAUGUACCUCUACAUGCCCGUCUUCUAUCACCUGGAACUGACCUCCACCUACGAGGCAAGUCGUUCGAGUGGAACCGGCUCGCUUGCGCCGUACCUGGAAUUGAGAUUCGGCAAGGCGAUCCGAGCCCUCGGGUCGAUCAUCUUCUCCGUUCAAAUGACGCUGUACAUGGCGAUCGUGGUGUAUGCUCCGUCUCUUGCUCUCAGUCAAGUGACAGGAAUCAGCGUGUAUUUGGCCGUGUGUCUCAUGUUUGGCGUGUGUACGUUCUACACCGUUAUGGGAGGAAUGAAGGCGGUGAUGUGGACCGACACGGUCCAGGUGAUGAUCAUGUACGGCUCCCUCAUGCUCGUGAUCUUCAAGGGAAUCAACGACCUUGGAGGCUUCGGCGUCGUCUGGCAGCACAACCUCCAGUCCGGCCGGCUCGAGUUCUUCGAUUUCAGCGCGGACCCCACGAUUCGUCACACGUUCUGGACUCUGGUCGUCGGGGGUUAUUUCACCUGGAUCUCCAUCUACGGUAUAAACCAGGCCCAAGUCCAGAGAUAUCUCUCGGUCCCCACGAUCAGGCACGCCCGAAACGCCCUAUGGCUGAACCUGGUUGGCCUCCUGCUGCUGCUGGCGCUUCUGUCCCUGGCGGGGUUGGUCAUAUACUCCAAGUAUCACGACUGCGACCCGCUGAAGGCCGGGAUCGUGUCCUCCUCCGAUCAGCUGUUUCCCCUCUUCGUCAUGGACACUCUGGGGCAUCUGCCGGGUCUCCCGGGUGUCUUCGUCGCUGGCAUCUUCUCCGGAGCCCUCAGCACGGUGUCAUCGGGUCUGAAUUCCCUGGCGGCCAUCACGUUGGAGGACUUCGUGCGUCCGUUUUGCUUCAAGGGGAUGUCGGACAGGCAGGCGACGAAUGCGUCCAAGGCGAUAGCGCUGGCUUAUGGCUUCGUUUCCUUCGGGCUCGUUUUCGUCGUCGAGAAGUUCGGGACCAGCGUGCUCACCGUAGGUCUCGGGCUCGGUACUGCGAGGUGCUGCGAGGUACCGUGUGUGUGGUGUGCAGUUACAUGUGGGGUUGCGGCACUGAGCAUCUUCGGGAUGAUCGGGGGGCCUCUCCUGGGCAUUUUCACUCUCGGCAUGUUCUUCCCAUGGGCCAACAACAAGGCGAGCGGAUCUUUGGUCGGAGGGAUCGCGGGAUUCGCGUUGAGCUUCUGGAUCGGAGCGGGCGCGAACGUGGCGACGUCCCAGGGCAGAAUCAGCUUCCCCCUCAAGCCGAUGUCGGUCGAUGGCUGCCCGCUGCUCAACGCGACGGAGGUCGAGGCUGCCUCCACGCUUUCGCCGGAGCCGCUGGGGCUCUACCGGCUGUCGUAUCUGUGGUACUCGACGGUCGGGUGCUGGAGCGUGAUCGCGAUCGGGCUGUUUGUCAGCUUGGCGACGGGGAUGCAGGAGCCGAGGAAGCUCGAUCCCAGGCUCGUCUCGCCGGUCUUUCGUCAGUUGAGGAGGUGGCUUCCGGAGAGUUGGGUGUUGAGGAUGGGGCUCGACAUCGGAGACGAUUACGUGAGUCCACCGCUUUGCUUGCCGAAAAGGUGA